AUGAGUUUGCUCUGUUUCCUCUGUUUGCUCUGUCUCGUGUUUGAGCCGAGAAUGAGUUCGGCCAAUCCAGGAUUUGUUCAGACGAGGGGUACACAAUUUGUUUUGGACGAUUCCUCUUUUAUGUUCAACGGGUUCAACGCUUAUUGGAUGAUGCACAUUGCAUCACAGCCGAACCAAAGAGACAAAGUGUCUAAUGUAUUUCGAGAGGCUGCAGCUGCCGGUUUAACUGUGUGCCGAACAUGGGCGUUUAGUGAUGGAGGAGACGAAGCUCUUCAGAUAUCACCUGGUGUCUAUAAUGAAUAUGUGUUUCAGGCACUUGAUUUUGUGGUCUCGGAAGCUGCUAAGAACAAAAUUCGUUUGAUUUUAAGUUUGAGCAACAAUUACCAAGAUUUUGGAGGGAGGUCUCAAUACGUGAGUUGGGCGAAAAGUGCUGGAGCCCAAACGAGCAGUGAUGACGAUUUCUAUACCAACGAGGUUGUGAAGGACUACUACAAAAAACAUGUUCAGAGAAUACUUAACAGAAUCAACACGAUUACGGGAGUUGCGUAUAAAGAUGAUCCCACCAUCAUGGCUUGGGAACUCAUAAACGAGCCUCGUUGCCAGGCUGACUACUCAGGGGACACUGUGAAUGCUUGGGUACAAGAAAUGGCCUCACACGUCAAAUCCAUCGACAGUAAACACCUUCUAGAAGUAGGCAUGGAAGGUUUUUACGGAGACUCUUUUCCGGACAGAAAGCAGUACAAUCCAGGCUAUCAAGUCGGCACAGAUUUUAUCACUACCAAUCUAAUAGAAGAGAUUGAUUUCACAACAAUCCAUGCAUACCCUGAUGCAUGGUUACCGUUAGAAGACGAUGAUGCACAGAUGGUAUUCAUGAGACGGUGGAUGACGAGCCACUGGCGAGACUCAAAGACCCUUUUAAAGAAACCGAUGGUUUUCACCGAAUUUGGAAAGUCGAGCAAAGAUAAAGGAUUCAGCGUGGCAUCAAGAGACUCGUACAUGAACGCGGUUUAUGGAAGCCUUUAUAGUUUCGCUAGAGGUGGAGGGAUAGGUGGAGGAUUGGUUUGGCAGAUUCUGGAUGAGGGAAUGGAAUCGUAUUCAGAUGGGUACGAGAUUGUCCUUUCCGAGAGUCCAUCGACAAGCUCGAUUAUCAGCCAGCAAUCGAGGCAGAUGACUGCUCUGCAACACAUGAUGAGCAGGCCAUGA